CAGUCAAGCGUUUGUUGGUGAAAACAUUAGUCUCCGUCUGGGCUGGAGAAUAAAGAAUAUAUAUUUUUCUCCACAUAAAUCUCGCCAGACAAACAAUAAUCUCCGAUUCAGUUCAUAACUGAGUCUUUCACGCUGCACGCUAUGGACCAGGACUAUGAGUGUCGGCUGCUCAGGCAGAUCAACAUCCAGAACGAGAAUGCCAGCCCUAUUAAGGCCAUAGAUGCAAUGCGAGCGCUGACACCCACCAACUCCCCUCUGUCGUCACCAAGCAAACAUGGCGACCGCUUCAUCCCCUCCCGCGCCGGCGCCAACUGGAGCGUCAACUUCCACCGCAUCAACGAGAAUGAGAAGUCCCACAAUCAGAACAGGAAGACAAAGGAUGGCACAACAGACACUAGCAAAGCAGACGGCCUGGCGUACUCUGCCCUGCUAAAGAACGAGCUGCUGGGGGCAGGCAUAGAGAAGGUCCAGGACCCCCAGUCAGAGGAUCGCCGCCUCCAGCCCUCCACCCCUGCCAAGAGGAGCCUCUUUARUUAUUCUGUCUGUGCCAAACGGUCUCUCCCUGAGGAUGRCAACACGGUCUCUCCAUACUCCCUGUCUCCUGUUAGCAGCAACAGUCAGAAGCUGUUACGGUCGCCUAGGAAACCCACACGUAAGAUCUCUAAGAUCCCCUUCAAGGUGCUGGAUGCUCCGGAGCUGCAGGAUGACUUCUACCUCAACCUGGUGGACUGGUCCUCCCUCAACGUCCUCAGUGUCGGCCUGGGAACCUGUGUCUACCUGUGGAGCGCCUGCACCAGCCAGGUGACGCGUCUGUGUGACCUGUCAGUGGAGGGGGACUCUGUCACGUCAGUGGGCUGGUCAGAGAGGGGGAACCUGGUAGCAGUGGGGACUCAUAAGGGCUAUGUACAGAUCUGGGAUGCGGCAGCAGGGAAGAAGCUGUCUGUMYUGGAGGGACACACAGCCAGAGUGGGUGCGUUGGCGUGGAAUGCCGACCAGUUAUCGUCGGGCAGUCGUGAUAGGGUGAUCCUGCAGAGGGACAUCCGAGCCCCACCCCUCCAGUCAGAACGCCGUCUCCAGGGACACAGACAGGAAGUCUGCGGCCUCAAGUGGAGCACAGACCAUCAGCUGCUGGCCUCAGGGGGUAACGACAACAAGCUACUGGUAUGGAACCACUCCAGUGUUCUCCCGGUGCAGCAGUACACAGAGCACCUGGCUGCGGUGAAGGCCAUCGCUUGGUCCCCUCAUCAGCACGGCCUGCUGGCAUCUGGAGGGGGCACAGCCGACCGCUGUAUCCGCUUCUGGAACACCUUGACGGGCCAGCCCCUGCAGUGCACCGACACCGGAUCCCAGGUGUGCAACCUGGCCUGGUCUAAACACACCAAUGAACUGGUGAGCACACACGGUUACUCCCAGAACCAGAUCUUGGUGUGGAAGUACCCCUCCCUCACACAGGUGGCGAAACUCACAGGYCACUCCUACAGAGUGCUCUACCUGGCCAUGUCCCCUGACGGAGAGGCCAUCGUGACAGGCGCCGGAGACGAGACCCUGCGCUUCUGGAACGUCUUCAGCAAGAUGAGGUCCACCAAGGAGUCUGUAUCUGUUCUGAACCUGUUUACCAGGAUCCGGUAGCCAGAGGGAUGCUGGUGUCCAACAAGGGAACAUGGGGGUGAACCAGCCCACUGGAUUUCAUUCUGAAAAACAACUCCCCUUCUCUGCCCCCUUAUGUCCUCCUAGGCCUCUGGUAGCCUAUGGCCCUUUCAAAUACCCAAGGCCAGGUCGUGAAGCCGAUAGAUGGGAGUCAAUAUUCCAGUGGAAUAAAUCCUAUCCUCACAACACCCAUCACAAUCAGUGUGACAUUACAAGGCCACACCCCCAUAUAGUACCAUUGGUGAUUUUCCCUGGAAGAGGAGGAUUCUGGGAUGUUAUCUUCCCCAAGUGAUUCUGUUUUGUUUACAGACAGACUGUGCAUACUUGCCAAAUAUGAAGUUUGUCCUUUUUUUUUGAAUGUUUUAUUUAUUGUUAAUCACGUAACGUCGCCAGUGUGCUUCAGCAGACUUUGUUUUGUUUUCUGUGUGAGUGAAUGUUGCGUGUCGGACUCUUCARCGAAGAGCCUGAAGCUUUUGUUUGUUUGUGCCUUAAAGGGAUAGUUUACAUCUAAAAUGAAAGUAUGUCAAAUGUUUUUUUUGCCUCACGAGGUAUGAAAAUGUGUGACAUGCUUUGACUUCAGGGUGAGCUGUCCUGUACCUAUUUGUGAACUAUAGAUUUUUUUUAGAUUUUUUUUUUUUACAUGUUGUAGACCAUUCUAAUUUAUUCACCCGGUAAAAAAAAAAGUUUUAAGUUAAUUGUGUGAUGUGUGUCAAUAAUGGUGAAAAUCUUACAUUUUUUAAUUAGAAAACAAAUCUGCAGUKGUCAUUUUGAAAUUUGAGCAGUGGCCAAAAACUAACUACAUAAAAUCACUUACAGUUUUUCUGUAAAUUGUGUUGUUUUGCCAGUUAAUUGUMUUUUUUUAAUUUUUAACCAAAGUAUCAGUACUCAGUAAUCACUUGCAUGGAUAUAUGUAGGUUAACCUACAUUUACAGAGACAAAUUACAAUUUUUGGUGUCUUUUGUUCUAAGAAAAUGUCAUUGCACUCAGUCUAACGAACAAGUAGUAUUUGGGAACGUAGGUAAAAAAAAACUAGGCAUAAACUUUGGAAUUUAUACUUAUACCGGAUAAAAUAUUUAAAAAAUAUUUUUUCCCCUGGGUAUAGCAGUAACUGAAAUGCGCUGUAAAGAAAAAGGAAAAACAUUMAUGGUCUCUUAAAAGGCCUUGAUGGUUGCAUUGUGCUAUGUGUGUCUGUCUGCGGUAUAAAGAUAUUUAAUCCAGGGCACUUAUUUUUUCUCAGCAUUUCUUUGUUUGAUUCUUGUAGUGGUACCUUUUUUUUCAUUUUCUCAGUUUGGAUGUGGCUUUUGAGUGACCUUUUGUGCCAUCUUUGAAUGAGUGCUAUUUAUUUGAGCUGUGUAAAAGUGUCCAGUACACACACGGCAUGUGUGUAUUAUUCUGAGAGUUGAUUAUUAUCUGAUAGUUGAAAGAUGGACCGCUGACUUGUACAGUGUAUAUACUAGCUCCAGUCCUAGCUAAGCGUUUGUACUUAUUAUUUUAUGCCACAGAAACAAAACAAAGAAUGCUGCCAAAUUGAAAUGCAUAAAGAAUGUUAUGAAGAUCAAAAAAUAUUUCUGUACUGAGAAAAAAAUAAAGUGAUCACAUCACUAUU